AUGCGUUGCUGGACUGUGGAGGCACUGCUCCUGACCCUGCUUGGACUGCAGACAGUAACGGGAAAAGGACACUGGUGCGAACACACAGUGCAGCAGAAAGUGGAUCGGAUCCUGACCCCACGUCUGCAGCUGGAGGUGAGCUGCUCCGAGGUGUACCAGUACAACACCCAAGGCUGGAGACUAGAUGUAGAGGCGAUGAGGGCGAAGCACGGCGGGGAUGAUGGCAUUGCGCUCUACUACAAACAGCAGGGUCUCAAGGCAUCCUGCUCAUUGUACAAACUGCCAGUGAUGGAAAGCCAAAUGUUAAACAAGACCGUGAGAGCAUGCUGUGAAGGUUGGAGUGGACCACGGUGCUCAGAUGGUGUAGGAGUGUAUGGCCAAUGUUACUCCACAUGGAGCUGUGUGGAGUUCCCUGGAGUCCAUAACAACUCUCUAAUGCUGAUGGAGCAGUGCUGCAGCAGCCAGUGGGGAUUAAGUUGGAGAAAUGCCUCCGACCAGACCUGCUUGUCCUGCACUUACACGCUCCUGCCAGACGCCCAGUUUUCCCCGCUUGUACGUGGGGGUCUUCUCGGUAGCGUCAGGGCACCUCAAGCCUCAGCCACCUGCAUGUCCUGGGGUGGGUCCCACUAUCGCACUUUUGACAAGAAGCACUUCCACUUCCAGGGAAGCUGCACUUACCUGCUGGCCUCAUCCACUGAUGGGACCUGGGCAGUGUAUAUUAGUACCGACUGUAUUGGCGGAAGAGACUGCAGUAAGGCUCUAAGGAUGAUGAUGGGCCUAGAUUUGGUUACAAUUCACCACAGGAAUUUAACCCUCAACAACGUCCAUGUUCCAAAUGGAGAACCCCUCUUUCAAAAUGGAGUGAGUGUCCAUUGGCUUGGAGAUUUUGUGUUUGUGGAGAGUGGCCUUGGGGUAAGGGUGAAGUUCAACCUGGUCAACACUUUCCACCUGACAGUAACGUCUGAGCAUCUGGGAGCCACUCGGGGGCUUUGUGGAAUCUACAACCACAACCCAAAUGAUGAUUUCACCACAAUGGGAGGAACUGUGUCCCAGUACGCUGCUAGCUUUGGCAACUCAUGGAAAGUUCCUGACCAGCAGAAUGAAGGCUGCAGUGAUGCUGCGGAGCUUGGACACAGUUGUGACGUGACAGGAGAUGCUUCCUUACGCAGGCAAGCAGAGUCCGUGUGUCAUCGACUCCUAGGAAGCCCCUUCUUGCAGUGCCACUCCCGCUUGGACCCAGCAGCGUACCUAGAUACAUGCCUGUAUCUUUUCUGUAGCUUGCCACCCAAGGAGAGGGAAGCAGCAGUAUGUGACACACUGGCAAGCUAUGCCCGAGAGUGUGCCCAGCAACAUGUCAUCAUAAUUUGGAGGAGAGGCACCCUAUGUGCUCGUGUCUGUCCUAGAGGGCAAGUCUUUUCAGACUGCGUGUCCUCAUGUCCCCCAAGCUGUGCAUCCCCUCAAACCUCAGGGCCAGCUGCAUCAGUGGGUCAGUGCCGGGAGGAGUGUGUUGGGGGGUGCGAGUGUGUUCCGGGACUCUAUCUUCACCAGGGACACUGUCUGAAAAGAGAUGACUGCCCCUGUUUCCAUCGCAGACAUGCAUACCAAUCAGGAGACAAGAUACAGCAGAGAUGUAACACCUGCGUUUGCAGAGAAGGUCAGUGGCAAUGUACUGGGGAGAAAUGCGCCGCCCAGUGCAGCCUGAUGGGAGCGCUCCAUGUCACCACCUUUGACAAAAAGAGAUACUCAUUGCAAGGAGGAGAUUGUCCUUUUACCACUGUGGAAGACUACGUCGACCGAAAGCUAGUAGUAACCGUGCGCUCUGGCGAGUGCACAGCAGGGGGAGGGGGAGGCGGUGCAACAGGCCUAGGUUGUCUAAUAGAGAUGACAGUCACAGCACUUCGCACCACGGUCACCAUCACAGACACUGGUACAGUGACGUUGAACGGCCAGAGGGAACUGUUGCCUGUGGUGACCGGAGACCUGGUAGUGUGGAGGGCGUCGUCUGCCUUUCUCCUAAUCCAGACUUUUGGAGCUCAGCUUCUGUGGCAUCUAGAUGGACCCCUCAUCAUCAUUACCUUGCAGCCUCAUUUCACAAACAAGGUGCGCGGCCUUUGUGGAACACUGACCUGGAACCAGCACGAUGAUUUUAUGACCCCAGAAGGAGAUGUGGAGAGUAGCGUGUCAUCCUUUGCUACCAAAUUCACCACAGAACAUUGUACUCUAUCUGGAGGAGCCCCUCCAGACCCCUGCACCACUUACACGCAGAGGGGACACUAUGCUGACACUGUGUGCGCCAUCAUACACAGCACCGUAUUCCAGGCAUGUCAUGAUGUAGUGGAGAGGGAGCCCUAUUUGCGCCUCUGUCAGUCAGAGGUGUGCAGCUGUGCACCCCAGAAGGCCUGUCAUUGCACAGUGCUCACUGCCUAUGCCAGACACUGUGCUCAGGAGGGUAUCGCUGUCCACUGGCGUAACCAUACUUUCUGCUCGGUCCAAUGUUCCGGGGGUCAAGUGUAUCAGGAGUGUGGUCGAGCGUGCGGCCGCAAGUGUUCAGACCUGCAGCACGGCUGGAGCUGUAAUGGUGACGACGAUGACGGUAGUGGUGGUGGGCUGUGUGUUCCGGGAUGCCGAUGUCCUGCAGGUCUUGUACAAGACUACCAAGGCCAAUGUGUGCCCACUACUAUGUGUCCCUGUGUGCAAGGAGACAAGUCAUAUCUACCUGGGGAUAUUGUUCAGAACAGCUGUAAGACAUGUGUGUGUGAGGAGGGACGCUUUAACUGCACACAGGGUCCCUGUGAAGAGGUCAACAAGUGCCCUGGUUCUCUUAUCUAUGCUCCUCGUUCCUGCCUCCUCACAUGCUCCAGUUUGGACCCGCCAAGUCAGCAGCAAGGUUCCGGCCUCCUGAGUUGCAGAGAGCCCCUAUCUGGCUGUGUGUGCCCGCAUGGAACUGUACUGCUUGGCGAUCAGUGUGUCGUGCCUGCCGAGUGCCCGUGUCGCCAUAAUGGCCGCCUGUACUACAACAAUGAGACCAUCACUAAAGACUGCAACACUUGUGUGUGUAAGGAGCGCCACUGGCACUGCAGCCAGUCGGCCUGCGCUGGGUUGUGUGUGGCUACCGGAGAUCCUCAUUACGUGACGUUCGAUGGCCGCUACUUCUCUUUCCUGGGCGACUGCCAGUAUGUGCUGGCGAGGGAGACCGGUGGUUUGUUCAGCGUCACAGCGGAGAAUGUUCCCUGCGGGAGCACCGGGGUCACCUGUACCAAGUCCGUUACCCUCAGCUUGGGGAACACCAUCAUACACCUGCUGAGAGGUAAAGCAGUGACGGUUAAUGGGAUGCCGGUUACUCUACCCAAGACCUACAGUGGGAGUGGUCUGACUUUGGAAAGAGUGGGCAUGUUUGUGUCACUUUCCUCCAGACUUGGGGUCACUCUGCUGUGGGAUGGAGGGAUGCGUGUGUACGUGCGCCUGGCCGCACACUUGAGAGGAAACGUCGGAGGCCUGUGCGGCAACUUUGAUGGAGACACGGAGAACGACUUCACCACACGACAGGGUAUAGUGGAGUCCACUGCUGAGCUAUUUGGGAAUUCUUGGAAGGUCAGCCCGUCCUGUCCAGAUGUAGCAGACCAAGAUCUGCGAGACCCCUGCACUGUCAACUUGCACAGAGUGCCGUGGGCCAGGAAAAAAUGUGGCAUUUUGACUCAGGAGCUCUUCUCUCCUUGCCACCUUGAGGUGCCCUUCCAGCAGUAUUAUGACUGGUGUGUCUUUGAUGCUUGUGGCUGUGACUCUGGUGGUGACUGUGAGUGCUUGUGCACAGCCAUCGCCACCUAUGCAGAGGAGUGUAACCGCCGAGGGAUCUACAUUCGCUGGCGGUCCCAGGAGCUCUGCCCUUUGCAGUGUGAAACUGGACUUGUUUACGACCCAUGUGGUCCAGCUUGCUCCCCUUCAUGCCCCAAUGCGCAGCAGAGUCCACACUCCCAGUGUGACGCUCUCUCCUGUGUGGAGGGCUGCUUCUGCCCUGCCGGAACUGUUCGAUAUGGUGACAGCUGCGCAGUUCCUACCCAGUGUCCAUGUGAGUGGGAGGGCUCCAUGUUUCCUUCUGGAACUACAAUCACUCAACACUGCCAGAACUGUUCUUGCGAAGAUGGUGUGUGGCAAUGUGAUGGCGUGUCUUGCCCCCCUCCUGCACCAGCCUGUCUGGAAUCCGAGUUUUCCUGCGCAAGUGGUCGCUGCAUCCCCUCCCAAUGGGUGUGCGACAAUGAAGAUGACUGUGGUGAUGGCUCUGAUGAGAUUUGUCCAUUCACCUGCUCACCGGAACAUUUCCGCUGUACCAGCGCGCCGAGUGGACCAUGUCUGAACCUGGCUUUGCGUUGUGAUGGCCACCCAGACUGUGCUGACCAAUCGGAUGAGGAGUUCUGUGGACCCGCCACCCCAGUGCCCCUGUGCCCACCGGGGGAGUUUCAGUGCAGCAAUGGGAAAUGUCUCUCAGCCAGCCGUGUAUGUGAUGGACGGCUGGACUGUGGCUUUGCUGAUGGUUCUGAUGAGCAAGAUUGUGGUGUGGUGUGCGAUGAAGGGGAGUUCCUUUGUGCUGGAGGACGAUGUAUUCUCUACCUUCAUCGAUGUGAUGGCCAUGAUGACUGCGGAGAUCUCAGCGAUGAAAGGGGGUGUGUCUGUGCACAAACUGAAUUUCAGUGCCCUGGGGACCAGUGUCUCCCUGCAGAGAAAGUUUGUGAUGGUCAUAGAGAUUGCCCAUCUGGAACAGAUGAAGCUGUCUGUCCAAUCAGAGUGACAUGUGGCCCCGACCAGUUUGCCUGUAGUGACGGCACAUGUGUUGCCAUCACAACGCUGUGCGAUGGAACACGAGAUUGCCCGGCCGGAGAGGACGAAAAACGAACCAACUGCUACUCUUUCAUAACCCCACUACCUUCACCUGUGACCCCGACUGAGCCUCCCUCAGCUUGUUGGUCUUAUGAGUUUGCCUGUGCCACCGGUGGACAGUGUGUCCCCCAAACUUGGCACUGUGAUGGCGAGUCCGACUGUUUGGACGGUAGUGAUGAGCAGCAGUGUCCUUCACUCUGUGGUCCUGGCCAGGUGCCCUGCCUCAGUGGUGACCAGUGUGUGCAUUACCAGCAACUUUGCAACGGCAACCCAGACUGCAGAGAUACCUCGGAUGAGAGUGUAGAGAACUGUGGUUCUGCCCGGAUCCCUCCCUGUCCAGGCAGCUUCUCGUGUGAUAAUCGCACCUGUGUGAACAUGUCAAAAGUGUGCAACGGUAUCCCAGACUGUCCCCGGGGUGAUGACGAGCUUGUGUGCGGUAAACAAGUCUCACCAGCGCCCUCUGGCAGUCCAAAUACCACCUUCUCCUGUCCAGAAUUCACCUGCCUGGAUGGAUCCUGUAUCAAUUUCAACAUGAUGUGCAACAUUGUAGCAGAUUGCCCAGACGCCUCAUUAGCACCACUCGGAGGUCCCACAGAUGAGCAAGGUUGUCGAAGCUGGAGCUCCUGGAGUUCUUGGAGCCCCUGCAGCACCACCUGCGGUACAGGCUCCAUGAGCAGGCACCGAUCUUGCCCUUCAGGAGACAUUUUGCAUCACUGUCGGGGUCAGGAUGUCCAGAAGCAGCAAUGCUUCAACACCACUUGCCCUGUGGACGGCCAGUGGCUUCCAUGGGUGAACUGGUCAGACUGUUCAAGUGAGUGCGGAGGAGUGCAAAUCCGACACAGAGACUGCAUCCUGCCUCAAAACGGAGGUCGAGACUGCUUCCAGCUCCCAGGAACAUCUAACCUGAGCUUGGAAAUUAAGCCUUGUUCUGAGGAUGGCUGUUCCAACAGCAGCUGUCCGACAGGCCUGGUGAGACACAACUGUUCCCCCUGCCCAGAGUCUUGUGCCCACAUCAGCAGCAGGACCACCUGUGAUCCCACAGCACCCUGCUUCUCAGGUUGCUGGUGUCCAGAGGGUCAGGUAAUGAGCCACACGCAGCAGUGUGUGUCGCCAGAGGAGUGUGCGUGUGAGCUGGCAGGUAUGCGCUACAGGCCAGGUCAGCAGAUGAAGGUGGACUGCGAGAUUUGCGUUUGUGAGAGAGGAAGACCUCAGAGAUGUCAACCAAACCCGGACUGCGCGGUACAUUGCGUCUGGUCGUCAUGGUCUGGGUGGGGGGAGUGUUUGGGGCCGUGCGGUGUCCAGAGUGUCCAGUGGUCAUUCCGGAGCCCAAACAACCCCACCAACCAUGGAGAUGGGAAAACCUGCAGAGGGAUCUAUCGGAAAGCACGUCGAUGCCAGACUGACCCCUGUGAUGAGUGUGAGUACCAAGGUCAGUCCCAUGCUGUUGGAGAUAGAUGGAGGUCCGACCAUUGCCACUUGUGUCAAUGUUUGCCCAACCUCUCGGUGGAGUGCUCCCCCUAUUGCCCGUACGCUGUUACCGGAUGCCCACAGGGCCAGCGUCUAGUACCGGGAGAGGGAGACACAUGUUGUUCCUGUCAAGUAAGCGAUGAAAGUUCUGCAGUAACAGUCAGCCCAUCCCCCGUGACUUCCGAACCAAGAGUGGACAUCACUCCCUUGAUCCCCACCUACCCACUCCCUCCUGAGGAGUGCUGGUCUCCUUUGGGUGUUCAGUUUCUGCCGCCCUCCAGUUUCCAGGCCUCAUCUCAGCAAACCGGUCACCCCCCUAAAGCAGCUCGCCUUCAUGGAUGGGACCCCCACACAGACCUUCAGGGUUGGAGUCCAGAACCAGAAGAGUAUAAGGAUCUACCACAACGGAGCCCUGAGGGGCAGAGUGGCAGUUUACGAAGUCCUUACAUACAGAUUGACCUGUUAAAAGCGUACAACAUCACUGGAGUACUUACCCAGGGCGGUGGUGUGUUUGACUCAUACGUUUCCAGUUUAUACCUGCAGUUCAGCCUCGAUGGACGACAGUGGUACAUUUACAAAGAGCUUGUCACUGACGCACAACCCAGAGCUAAGGUCUUUUUUGGUAACCACAAUGAAGGAGGGGUGGCUGAGAUCAAAUUGGACAGGAUGGUGUCGGCUCAGUUUGUCCGCCUGCUACCACAUGAUUUCCAUAACGGCAUCUAUCUUCGUCUGGAGAUAAUGGGAUGUGAAGAUGGUUACCACUGGUCAACCUUACCCACACCGACUUCGACCGUCUCACCAAUAGGUGGCUGCAGAGAAAAGGAGCUCCAGUGUAAAAAUAGUCGAUGUGUGCCAGCUGGCCCGUCAGGAGUUGUCUGCGAUGGGGUGGAUGAUUGCGGCGACGGGUCAGAUGAGAUGUACUGUGGCACGCAGACCUACCCGACAGUCACAACUUCUCACAGGUGUCCCAGCGGUCAGUACUUAUGCAUCCCACCAGGGGGCUGUAUUGACGCAGGAAAACGUUGUGAUGGGAUUCCCCACUGUCCCAAAGGAGAUGAUGAAAUUGGCUGUAACCUGCAUGAGAAUCUCACCACUCAGUCUGACAGACCAUACACACCCACUGCCGCCCCGAGCAGGACUCCUUCCAGGAUUCCUGUGACCCACCCUUCAGUAAGUACAGUUGAUGGUGGCCCUGGACAUCGUGGCAUCUGCUCAUCUGCACUUGGACUGGAGGAUGGGAGCAUUCGUUAUGGUCAGUUGACAUCAUCCUCUUAUCGUGAGAACAACCCAGCUGAUGCUGGUCGUCUUAAUAUCAUUCCAAACGUUCAAGUUAUGGAGCCUGGAUGGAGUCCAUUGCCUACAGACCCCCAACCGUAUUUUCAGGUCGAUUUCCUUGAGCCUACGUGGGUUUCAGGGGUUGUGACCCAGGGCAGUGAACGCAUGUGGGGUUACCUCACGAAAUACAGAUUAGCCUUUGCACUGCACAGCAGCCUCUUCACCAACUAUACACAGGAUGGCAAGCCCGGUAGUGCUGCUCAGAUAUUUGAGGUGCGAAUGGUGGGUCGAACCCCUGUGACCCGCUGGCUCAGUAGGCUUGUCAGGGCCCGCUACCUGCGUAUCAUCCCCGUGGAGUUCAGACACACGUUCAACCUGCGUGUUGAGAUCCUUGGCUGCAGAGGAGAUGAGCUGGUGACCCCCAGCAGUGUUACGUCUCCUCCCGAUGGUGGGAAAGUGACACCGCAGCGCUGCAAAUCAGGCCAGUUUCCCUGUCAGCAGAGUGAACAAUGCGUUCCAAAUGCUGCGCUUUGUGAUGGUCGACUGGACUGCAAGGAUCAUACAGACGAGAUGAAUUGUGGUGAGAAUUUAUGGACACUCCAUUAUACACUACUUACAAAACGUUCUCCAGGUUUACAGAACCAGACUAGUUCUAUAGGGAGACCAGGCUUCCUUGGUGACGUAACAACAGGUGCCCCAGGCCUCAAAACCACCAAGUCACGAGGUGCUCUGCCCGGUGUGGCGACAGCUGGAUUCACAGGACAACCUGGACUUUGGAAAGCUACCACGACACACAUUGGUAUAAAUAGCUAAGCGACCACUGGCCAGCCCGGACUGCACCUGACUCCAUCGCACCAGCCUGGAGUUCCUGGCUUACAAACCACAAAGCCUCACUGGAUCACCACAACCCCCCGUGAUGGGGGUUUGCCCAGAGUGCUUUGUGUGGAAGGCCAGUUUGCAUGCCGCUCAUUUGGCUGCGUCGACUCGUCUCAGGUGUGUGACGGCAGGCGGGACUGUUUGGACGGAUCUGAUGAAGAGCGCUGUGGUUCCACAGUAAGUCCGGUGACUACGCAGCGCCCCCCAGUGCCGAGCCCCUGUUCUCCCAAGCAGUUCUCUUGUAAUAGCGGCGAAUGUGUUCACCUGGACCGCAGAUGUGACCUGCAGAAGGACUGUGUGGAUGGCUCGGAUGAAAAAGACUGCGUUGACUGCAUCAUGUCCUCAUGGACCUCAUGGAGUCUGUGCAGUGUGUCCUGCGGUCUUGGUUCACUGUUUCGACAGAGAGACAUUGUGAGGGAAGCGCUACCUGGAGGAUCCUGCAGUGGAGCCCAAUUUGACAGCCGAGCAUGCUUCCCAGGACCAUGCCCAGUUGAUGGUCACUGGUCGGAGUGGACAGAGUGGUCCGAGUGUGAUGCUCAGUGCGGAGGGGGUGUCAAGCAGAGGAGCCGAACCUGUACCGCACCUGCCUCGAAAAAUGAUGGGAGGAAUUGUGAGGGCAUGAGCUUGCAGAGUCAGAGCUGCAACAGCCAACCCUGCACCAAAGACACUGGCACACAGACAGGUUGUGUCAAUGGCAUGGUGCUGGUGUCUGAGGCAGAAUGCCGGGCCGGGAGAGUCGAGCCUUGCCCACCUACAUGCUCACAUCACAGCUUCACUAACAACUGCACUGAAGAAUGUAAACCAGGCUGCCGCUGUCCCAAUGGAAUGUACCUACAGGGAGGACAAUGUGUGAGAGCAAGCCAAUGUGUCUGUCACUGGAACGGCCAAAAACUGCAGCCAGGACAGACGAUUAGCAGGGACCAUUGUACUACAUGUGUGUGCCAGGACGGACAAGUCGUCUGUAACUCCUCCAGCUGCGCAGCAAGCUGUCAAUGGUCAGCCUGGUCGUCAUGGUCACCAUGCGAUGUCACCUGUGGGCUCGGCCUCCAACAACGCUACAGGGCUCCAGUGAACCAGACGGGAUCCCUCAGAGGGCAACUCUGCCCAGGAGACUCCUCUGAAGUCCAACGGUGCUCCGUCCCGUGCCUCACCGAAGAACCAGAUGGAGUUUGGAGUAAAUGGACCAGCUGGUCAGAAUGCAGCAAGACCUGUUUCCGUCAUGCAGAUGAUGUGGGUAUCAGACGACGAUUCCGCAGCUGCAACCACACCCAUCCUCAGUCAAGCUGUGAUGGAGAUCGCGCAGAGCAGGAGCCGUGCAACAUCGUCCACUGUGCAGUGGACGGUGGCUGGUCUGCGUGGUCUCCGUGGUCUCUCUGCUCAUCCGAGUGUGACUCUGGUGUCCAAACACGAGAGCGAUUCUGCACUUCACCCCCACCACAACAUGGGGGCAGAAGCUGCCCCGGCCCACACGUUCAGACAGCAGACUGUAACGCCCAUCCCUGCUCAGGUGUAUGCCCAGAAGGUAUGACGCACAUGACAGCAGCUGAAUGUGAGGAGCAGGGAGGUGCAUGCCCACGGGUUUGUAUGGACAUGACCUCCUCUGAGGUGCAGUGUGCCACUGCCUGUUACCAUGGCUGCUACUGCGCACUGGGCUUCUACUUGCUCAACGACAGCUGUGUGCCUUUAUCCCAGUGCCCGUGUUACCAUCAGGGGGAGCAAUACCCGACUGGGGCAACGCUACCUGUAGAUGCGUGCAACAACUGCACAUGCGCUAAUGGAGAAAUGUCAUGUGGAACGACUUCAUGUCCUGUGGACUGCGGUUGGAGCAGCUGGACUCAGUGGAGCGCCUGUAGUCGAACAUGCGAUGUUGGUGUGAGAAGGCGUUACCGCUCCGGAACCAAUCCCCCACCAGAGUUUGGAGGUCGUCCCUGCGAAGGCGCCAGAGUUGGAGUCGACACAUGCAGUAUUGAGCCAUGUUUUGGUGUAAGAGAACCAUGGACUCAGUGGUCCGAGUGCUCAGUGACAUGUGGAGGAGGUUAUAGGACCAGAACUAGUGGGCCUAUCCGAGUCCACGGGACAGCACAACAGUUCAGCGCCUGUAAUCUGCAGCCAUGUGGGGAUGGCAGCGUGUGUCCGCCGGGGCAGGAAUGGAAGCAGUGUGUGAGAGGAGCAGUGUCAUGUUCAGACCUCAUGAUGGACCUCAGUCGGAAUUGCACGCCAGGCUGCCAAUGUCCAGCUGGAACUUUCCAACAGGAUGGCGCAUGCAUCCGGGAGUCUGAUUGUCGCUGUGAUGUUGAUGGAGUGCAGUACAGACCAGGAGACAUUAUUUCUUCUGACUGCAAAAACUGUACAUGUGAAGCAGGAAGACUUGUAAACUGUUCUCAAGCCAGGUGCAAUGUUGAUGGCCAAUGGUCCCUGUGGACUCCUUGGGGUCACUGUUCAGAGUCAUGUGGGCCAGGUAUCCAGUCCCGAUAUCGGUUCUGCUCUAGCCCUCAGCGCUCCGGCCAUGGCCUGCCAUGUCUGGGGCCUAACCGCGAGGACCGAAUCUGUGUCACCACUCCAUGUGAUCGUGAUGGUAGUUGGGGUCCUUGGAGUAAUUGGACACAGUGUACCAAGUCCUGUGGCGGUGGUGUUCAGAGCCGGAGGAGAGACUGUGACAGUCCGAGCCCAGAGGGAGAGGGAAAUUACUGUGAGGGUCUCAGAACUGAGGUCAAAGCCUGUAACACUGCCCACUGCCCAGUGGCGCCAUGCUCCCAGGUCCCAGGCACAGCAUUCAGUAGUUGCGGACCAUCCUGCCCGCGCUCCUGUGAUGACCUGGCACAUUGCGAGUGGCUUUGUGAGCCAGGGUGCUACUGUACAGAGGGAAAGGUUUUGUCAGCUAAUGGAACGGUCUGUUUAGAGCACGAAGAAUGCCCAUGCCUCGAUCUCACAACUGGACGCCGGCUCGAGCCUGGAGAUAGUACCGUAGCGCCUGAUGGGUGUAACAACUGCACGUGUGAGGGAGGGAAGCUUAACUGCUCCCAAAACCCCUGCCCAGUAUCAGGUGGCUGGUGUGAGUGGUCUACGUGGACUCCAUGCUCCAGGACCUGUGGGGCAGAGUCGGUAUCCCGUUACAGGAGCUGUGGCUGUCCCGAACCCAAAGCUGGUGGAGAGCCUUGUUCUGGAGAACAGGAAAUACACAAUGGUGUUGGCGCUCAAAUCCAGAGACAGCCCUGUCCCGUCAUCACCUUCUGUCCAGUGCAUGGUUCUUGGAGUUCCUGGUCGUCAUGGUCAGCGUGUGACGGGUGCCCUGGGUCGUCCAAUCGCACAAGAGACUGUAGCAGACCCCCUGCUAGAUUUGGUGGUCUGCCCUGCCUCGGAGAAAAGAUGCAGAGCCGCGGUUGCCAUGACAACAUGACCGUGUGCUCAGAAUGUGGUGGAGGCCAAGAAGAAUGGCUUUGCGGCAAACCCUGCCCUCGUUCCUGUUCCGAUCUCCAUGGUGACACGGAGUGCCUAGACUCCCCAGGAUGCAGCAAGACCUGCGGUUGCCCCGGUGACAUGGUUCUGCAGGAUGGCGUGUGUGUAUCCAGGGAGGAGUGUCGCUGCAAAUACGAAAACAGCUCAGCUGCUGAUUCCAGAAAUGCAUCAUGGGUGUGGCCUGGUGAUACUGAUUGGCAGUUUGCAAGUCAUGGAGAGGAAAUCAUCACUGACUGCAAAAAUUGUUCCUGCCAAGCUGGGGUUUUGCAUUGUCACUCGCUCCCCGGCUGCUAUGUCGACGGAUGGUGGGGCCAGUGGGGUCUUUGGUCUUCGUGCUCAGUUUCCUGUGGAGGAGGAGUUCACUUCAGGAGACGACAGUGUGAUAAUCCUUCUCCUCAGAGUGGAGGGAGAGGUUGCCUGGGAAUUGGCGACCAGCAGAGAGACUGCAACUCACAUCUGUGCACAGACUCGGUGGGCCCUUGGCUACCCUGGUCUCAGUGGUCUGCGUGCUCAGUCAGUUGUGGCGGCGGCCAGCAGUCCCGAUUUCGGACGUGCAGCUCAUCGGCCUGCAGUGGCGUCAGCCGCCAAAGCAAGACUUGCAAUACAGAGGUCUGCCUUGAGGUGGGAUGCCCCCCAGGCAGGCUGUACAGGGAAUGUGAACGAUGGGAGGGCUGCCCUUUCAGCUGCGACCAGAUAAGCGGCAGGGAGGGUUGCUACACCGAUGGCUGUGAGGAAGGCUGCCAUUGCCCCUUACACACUUUCCAACACAACGGCGUCUGCCUGCAUGAGUGUCCCUGUUUAGUCGAUGAGAAGGUUCUAGCUUCUCUGCAAAGUGUCUCUAUCACACCAGUCUCAUCUCAACUCCUUCAUAACGUCUCUGAGGGAGUAGAGCUCCAGCCUGGAGACUCCCUGGUCCACGACUGCAGCUCGUGUGUCUGUGACCACGGUAGAUGGAACUGUUCUUUAGAACACUGUCCAGUUGACGGCGGUCUGUCACCCUGGGGCUCCUGGAGCCCCUGCUCGCUGUCCUGUGGAGGUCUUGGGCUGAAGACCCGCACCAGAGGCUGCACCCUACCUGCUCCAGCUCAUGGAGGGAGAGGUUGCCAAGGGCCGUACCUUGAAACCACUUACUGUCAGGCCCCUGACUGUCCAGCUGUUGGUCCCACAGAAGAACCCACACUGCCAGAUGAGGAUGCUGGUUUCACCGUCUGGUCAACAUGGAGUCCGUGCACCAAAACGUGCAGUGAUGCUCGUUCUCCGGCAAUCAAGUCCCGCCACCGUCAAUGCAUCAAACCCCCCUGUUAUGGGGAGUCUCACCGAGACAAAGCCUGCAACCUCCCCCAGUGUCCAGGUAUAUACAAUGGUGAUGAGCUCUGCAUUGGGGACGACUGUGAGCAGAGGAACUGUACCUGGACAGAUUGGGGGGCGUGGGGUUCUUGCUCACGUUCCUGCGGAGUUGGCCAGCAGCAGAGGAUCCGAACUUUCCUCAGCCCUGGCCCAAAUGGCUCCUGGUGUGACGACAUCUUGGGAGGAAAUCUGGAGCACCGCUUCUGUAACAUCAAGCCCUGCCGAGUGGAUGCAGACUGGUCUCGAUGGAGUCCAUGGUCCCGCUGUGAUAAGCUUUGCGGCGGUGGCCGCUCCAUACGCACCCGCUUGUGCUCCAGCCCUCCACCCAAGAACGGAGGGAAGAAGUGCGAAGGAGAGAAGAACCAGGUCAAACCCUGCAACACCAAACCUUGCGAUGAACAAGGAUGCCCGCCGGGACAGGAGGUCGUGUCUUGUGCCAACGAGUGUCCACAGCGCUGUGCUGACCUCCAACAAGGCAUAGAGUGCCAGACCAACACUGAAUGUCAACCCGGAUGUCGCUGCCCUAAAGGACAGUUGCAGCAGGACGGCGUGUGCGUGCAUCUGUGGCAGUGUGACUGCGUGGAUUCACAGGGACAGAUUUGGGCUGCUGGCAGCGGGUAUCAGGUCGACUGCAACAACUGCAGCUGCACCAAUGGACAGUUGGUCUGCACCAAUCACAGCUGCCAGGCCACAUGCACAUGGAGCUCCUGGUCCAGUUGGGCGUCAUGCAGUGUUACCUGCGGGCAGGGCCAGAAAACCAGAUACAGAUCUCUAAUAUCAGAAACCGAGGCAACAGAUUGUGAGUUUGAGGAAGUCAAUCAUAAACCCUGUGAGCCAGCGCCUUGCCCUCCCCUUUGUCUCCAUGACGACCGGGAGUUGUAUGUGGGAGACACCUGGCUUCUGGGAGAGUGUCAACAAUGCACAUGCACUCCAGAGGGAGAUUACUGCCAAGACAUCGAUUGCAGAGUGGAUGGUGGCUGGACUCCGUGGUCAGUGUGGUCUGACUGCUCAGUGACCUGUGGGCGAGGAACACGAGUUCAAACUCGCGCCUGCAUCAACCCGCCACCACGUAACAAUGGCUCUCACUGUACUGGGCCAGAGAGACGGAACCAAGAAUGUCAUGCUCCUCCCUGUCUCGAUGACCUUUGCCCCUGGUCGCCAUGGUCACCAUGUUCCCGAAGUUGUGGGGCGGGGACUGUGGUGCGGCGUAGGGUUUGCGUCUGCGGGAAGGGAGGAACUGCAGCGUGUCCUGCUGAGAUUGAAGCUGAGAUGAACCAAGAAGAGAACCAACUAUGUUUUAAACGGCCUUGUCCAGAAUGCCCCAUGUCAGCAUGGAGCGUUUGGUCUCAGUGCUCAUGCGAGUCUCAGAGGCAGCAACGUUACCGUGUAGCUGUCACCUCGGCCACCAGGGGGCAGCAGUGCACUCCUGUUGAAACACAGAGCAAACCAUGCAGCCUCAGUCACUGUGAUGAAUGUGAAGCGCCAUUCGUGUAUUCCCCCUGUGGCAAACCCUGUGAGAAGCAUUGUGAACUCCAUGGACGUACAGAUCUGUGUCUGGGUGUCAGAGAGUGUACACCCGGCUGCUACUGUCCACCGGGGUUGCUGCAGCAGAACGGUAGCUGUGUACUAUCAGAGCAUUGCGGCUGCAUCUACCUGCAGGACCAAGCUUCAGGACAAUCCCCUAUACCGGUCACGGUUCCUCAGGGGUCGACAGUCGCCAUCGGCUGCAGUACCUGCCUUUGCCAUGAUGGGACUUUGGAGUGUGACAUGAGAGAGUGUGAAGUCAUCCUCAGUGAAUGGUCAGAGUGGACCCCUUGUUCUCCCUGUAUGCCAUACUCCUCGCUGAACCCCAGUAGCAGCCUCCUGGAUGAGGCUGUCAAUGGAAGUCAACUGGUUUCAGUCCAGAGGCGUUUCAGGGCCUGUUUAGACUUUGACUCCGGUUUUCCAGUGUCCGGAGAGCAGGAGAAAAGUCAGUGUCCACACCCGCAGGUUGAAGACAGGCUGUGUCCCGAUGCUGAUAUCUGCCAGGAUCUAUGUCAGUGGAGUGUGUGGAGCGCGUGGACAGUUUGUGCAGAGCCGUGCAGUGGCGGAGUCAGGCAGCGCUACAGGCAUCCUCUGGCCUCUCCCCCAGGACCCCUCUGCCGUAGCCAGCAGACACAAAGCCAGAGCUGCAACACGGGACUUUGCCCAGGUGAACGCUGUGAAGAUAGGGGGCGGAUCUACCAAGAAGCCUGUGCCAAUCAGUGUCCUCGUAGCUGCACUGACUUAUGGGAGCAUGUACAGUGUCUCCAAGGUCGUUGUCAUCCGGGUUGUCGUUGUCCAGAGGGACAACUAUUGCAGGACAGCCAAUGUGUGCCGGUGGCAGAUUGUCGCUGUGGUAUCCCAUCGGGCAAUGGGACAUUGGAGUUCAUGCCAAAUGAAGAGCUUGUCAUGGACUGCAACACCUGUGUAUGUGAGAAUGGCACUCUAGUGUGCACAAAUCUUCCCUGUCCCUCAUAUGAGCCUUGGUCCGUAUGGACGACAUGCUCAGCUACUUGUGGGCGUGGCCAGCGGACACGGACGCGCCUCUGCCAAGACACAGAUGGCGGCCCUUCCUGUUCUGACACCAUACAGACAGAAAGCUGUGACUUGCACCCAUGUCCAGUGGGAUGUUUGUUGAGCGAAUGGUCAAGCUGGAGUGAGUGCAGCGCCACGUGCGGAGGUGGGUUGUCGAUGCGAAACAAGACAAUCCUUCAGGAAUCAGAGCCAGGCGGAACCGCCUGUGCUGGGCCACUUGAGCAACACACUGUCUGUAACAGCAACAGCUGCAGAACUGAGUGUCCGGAUGGCCAGGUGUUUAGUGACUGUUCAGGUUCCUGUCCAUACACCUGUGAAGAUCUUUGGCCCCACACUCAGUGUUUAGCAGGACCUUGCAACCCCGGGUGCUCCUGCCCACCUGGACAGGUGUUGCAGAGAGGCUUGUGUGUGUCACGCGCCGACUGUCCCUGUUCACUACUCUCUUUGCCAAUUGCCUACCAAACCUUAAAUAUCAGGACAGAGGAGAGGGCAGACGUCCUGCUGUCACCUGGAACGUCCUUCCAGCACCUCUGCAACACUUGUGUGUGUCGAGGAGGAGUGUUUAACUGCACCUCCAAGCUCUGCGACGUGGACUGUGAGUGGUCCACUUGGUCCCAGUGGGGUCCAUGCUCAGCUAGCUGUGGUACAGGACAACAAAGCUCCACCAGAACUGUGUUGCAACCCAGCCAAUAUGGCGGGGUCCCAUGUGAGGGCCCUGACCACCGCACUGCUGCCUGCAAGGCCGCCGAUUGUGCGUGUCCUGACGGGGAACAAUGGAAGAGGAGGAGGAGCUUGUCGGAAGACUUUCCACUGUGCGAGAGGAGCUGCGAGGACAUUUACUUCCCAACUGCCAUCAACUGCAGCCACUCCUCAGAGGGCUGCGUGUGUCAGGAGGGGCUUUACCGAAACACCGAUGGCGUGUGUGUCAUCCCUGCUCUCUGCCCCUGCCGUGACCAGGGCAUCGUGCAGGAGGCAGGAUCAGAGUGGGUGGAGGACUGCCUGUCAUGCCGUUGUGUGAACGGGAAGAAACUGUGCCAGCCGAGGUGCCCUGAACUCCGCUGUGAUGAGGGGGAAGUCAAAGUAGAAGAGCCGGGCAGCUGUUGUCCAGUCUGCAGGAAACCGUUUCCAGGUGAGCCUGUGCCAGAGUGCCGCCGCUACGUACAGGUUAAGAACAUCACAAAGGGAAACUGUCGGCUUGACAACGUGGAGGUCAGCUUCUGCAGGGGGCGCUGUCUGUCCAGAACUGAUGUCAUCUUGGAGGAGCCCUACCUAAGGUCCGUGUGUGAGUGCUGCAGCUACCGUUUGGAUCCAGACAACCCCGUCCGCUUCCUCAACUUACGGUGUGACAGCGGCGAGAGUGAGCCGGUCGUCCUGCCUGUCAUACACAGCUGUGAGUGCACCAGCUGCCAAGGGGGUGACCUGUCCAGACGAUGAGCACGUGCGGAGAAUUUCAGUAACAUGUAAAUUCAUAUGUGUGCAAUUCAGAGAUGAGAUGUAUUUGGAAAAAAACAAAUAAGAACCCAGUUUAGAGGGAAUGCUUAGAUGAACCGGUUGGGAAAAAUCAGUUUUCAAACCCUCUUGAUGUCCACAUAAAUAUGUGGUCCUUAGUCAUUAUAUGACUGCAAACUAUACUUUUAAUUCGAAACAUACUGUCCCUGUGUUUAUUCUCUGUCCUGUAAAAACUUUUUUGCUACUCUAUUUUUAUAUGUAUUAUUAAAGGGUCUAUGGUUCACUCUAAAUAUGGGUUUUCUACAUUAAAUGAUUAUUAAGACACAUUGUUAUUCACCACAAAUCUUCUUUGUAACCAUGUGGUGAUUGUUGAUUACAU